GGGUAAUGAUGUUUGGAUCUAGAUCAAAAGUCCGAGCUCCCGGAUCGAUAUUCAACUCCGACCGAACGACAUACAAACGAUCUCCAUUCACGAUUAUACCAUCAAUCCCUCUCUGCUGUCCACACUAUGCAAAGGUCGGGAGCAGCAAUGGCUUGGAACGUGUUCAAGUUCUGUACGGCCCUGCGUGGUCUCGGCUCCAUCAUGAUCCUCCUGGUCCUCGCCAUAGUCGGGGUCUCCUAUUACACUAUUGUCAUAGCCAUUUAUGGCCCAGCUCUCUUCCAGACCGGCCUUCCUGAUUCUCUCGCUGCUCUCGCCGUCUUGUUCUUGUUUCAUUUUCUGUUGGGGAUGCUAUUAUGGAGCUACUUUUCUGUUGUUCUAACGAAUCCGGGCAGUGUUCCUCCGAAUUGGAGGCCAGUAAUGGAUGAGGAGAAAGGAGACAUGGAUCCACUGAUGUCAUCAGAAUAUGAGGGCCCAGGUUUAGGCUCAAACCGGUCAACUAUGAACCCAGCCAACCCAAGAAUAAGGUUUUGUCGAAAGUGCAAUCAAGUUAAACCACCUCGUUGCCAUCACUGUUCUGUUUGUGCGAGGUGCGUACUGAAAAUGGACCAUCAUUGUGUUUGGGUCGUGAAUUGUGUUGGGGCGUUGAACUACAAGUACUUCUUUCUUUUCUUGUUUUACACAUUUCUUGAGACAAUUCUUGUUACUUUAUCAUUACUGCCGUAUUUUGUCAAGUUUUUCACCGAUGGUGAGAUACCUGGAACACCUGGCACCCUUGCAGCCACGUUGAUCACAUUCAUUUUGAACUUAUCCUUUGCACUGAGUGUUCUUGGCUUUCUGAUUAUGCACAUAUCAUUGAUUGCUGCAAAUACCACCACAAUUGAGGCAUAUGAGAAGAAAACAACUCGUGAAUGGCGUUAUGACCUUGGAUGGAAGGAAAACUUUCAGCAGGUUACCUCCUUUGUGGUGUGGGUGCUUGGGAGGGAUAAGAAAUACUGGUUAAUCCCUGCAUAUUCAGACGAGGAUCUGAGACUGAUGCCAGCACUUCAGGGUCUUGAAUAUCCAACAAGGCCUGACUUGGAUGUGCUUCGGGGUUUCUAGCAAUAGUUGACCAGGACAGUUGGUUGCAGUUUUUUUCACACGCAGUCUCUGCAACCGGAAGGAAGGGAAUAUCAUUCGAGUAUGGCCUGGAAUUUAUGCCUAGAGACAGCAGCAAUGGAAUCAUCAAAAUGGUAUAAGCUUCAGCCUUGGACAUAUAUUACCUGGAUGUUUUAAAGGAGUGAUUGAAUCCGCAAACUUGGACGGCCAAUGUCGAUGAUGACUUUCUUGUAUUCACACGUAGAUUCUACCCGCUGGAGGUUGUGUAUAUGUCAUCUUCACGAUAUUUGUUAUCAUUUACACGAUAAACGUCUUACGUUCGAGCAUGCACAUUCUUACUGAUUGUUGAUCCCAUGAAUGAAAUCUGGUUUUCACCAUGAUCUGUUGAUCAUGGAUUA